CUAAUUCCGUUUUCCUGACUGCAAAGCCGCGCGGCAGUGUGUGUCACUCAGUCGUCCCGAUGCGGCGUGUCUAAACUAAAGAAAAAACAAAUAGGAGAAAAAGAACUUGCUUCAAUCCAAAAUGAGUGACGAUGCAGACUCUCCUCCUGAGAGGUUAAUGAAGGACUUUCAGUUUCGUCAAUUGAAGAAGGUUGAAGUUUUUGAGCCGCCGGAACAUUUGCCUAAAGACAGAUCUAGUCUUCUUACUGUAUCUAACAAAUACGGAUUAACAUUCGUGGGACUCGAGAGAACAUUUAAAGUCUACCAAACUCAAGAUAUUUUGAGUGCUGAUAAAGCGGAUCCUGGUUUCAUAGUCAAGGGCACACCACCAUUAGCUACAGUGACUGUGGAACUGGCUCUGCAUCAUUUGGCUCUCAGCUGUGAUGAACUUACAUUGUCAGUUUGCGGUGUGGAAGAGGAGAAUUUGUUUCUGACAUUUUAUGAUGUUCGCACCUUCAUCAAUGGGAAAUCAACACAGAAGUUGCCUUUUGCAACCUUUCGGCCAGAUGUGCCACCUGGCACUUUGGUGCAGGACCUGAAGUGGAAUCCAGCGAAUGUCUCUAUGCUGGCUGCUUGUCUGUCUGAUGGCAGCAUGAUGAUUCUGGAUGUUACAGAUCUUGUGAAAAUGCAGGCUAAGCUGCCCUCCACAAGUGGCAUCACAUGCAUCGGUUGGAGUCCAAAAGGAAAGCAGGUUGCUGCAGGAAAGAUGAAUGGCACUGUUAGUCAAUAUACACCGGCACUGGAAGAAAAAAAAGUCAUCCCGUGUCCACACUUCUACACCUCUGAGGACCCUGUGAAGGCUCUGGAUGUUCUCUGGCUGAGAACAUUUGCAUUCGCAGUGACAUAUGCUGCUGCAGAUGGGUCUUUAGAGACCCCUCCUGAGCUUGUGUUGGUCUCCCUGCCUAAAAAGGAUGAAAAGGUGGAUACCAAGUAUUUGAAUUUUGGUGACAUAGUGUACGGCACCUGCACCGAACGACAACAUCACUACUUCCUAAGUCAUAUAGAGGACUGGGACCUUGUUUUUGCAGCGUCAGCCGCUUCUAUUGAGGUCAGCGUCAUUGCAAGACAAGAUGACAAGAUGUGGGAACUGUGGAUCCUUGAAGAUGCGGGUAGGGCUGAACUACGAGUGACCGAGUCAAAUGAAGACACUCUGCCUCUUGGUUUGGCAAUAGACUACACCAGCCAGCAGGAGAUCUACAUUACCGAUGAGAAGACCUUACCUCCAGCACCCACUCUGAUGAUGCUGUCCACAGAGGGAUUGCUCUGCUCAUUUGCUUUAGUCAACCAAAACCCUGGGGCCAAACAGCUUGUCUCACCCCCUACAAUGCUGACCCCUGAAGGGGAGAGGCUACCAAAGCCAGGUGAGAAGGCUGUUAUGGAGAGGGUUGCAGGUGUGAGUUUUGGUCAUCCUCGUUCCGUGGCAACAGCACCAGCCAAGAUUCCUGCUGCAGUUCCUUCUGCUCCACCUGCCUUCCCGAGCAUCAGCCUCGCUUCUUCAGCAGCUGCGCCCAGUCCUCCAGUCUCUUCUGCUCCGUCCUCCAUUAUUCCUUUUAGCAUGGCUCCAACGGCUCCUGUGACAUCAGCCUUCUCCGGCUUUAGUUUCUCAGUCCCAUCAACCUUCUCCACCACCUCUGCCCCAGUUGCAGCUUUCGCCUUGGGAGGAUCUGUGCCUUUUGGCUCAGGGUCCUCUGGCUUCUCAUUUGCCUCCAAACCUCCGUCUGAGACCCCGUCCGCACUCUCGGCGUUUUCGUUUAAUUCCCCUUCCGGCAAACCACCAGCAGUGGCUGCCCCGUCUGCUGCUGUGGCACCUCAGAGCCUUUCAACAGCCUCACCGCCCACAGUCAAACUUAGUCUGAAUGAAAGAUUUUCAGGGGUGGAGGCUUCAGCUCCGGCUUUCUCUUUGCCUAAAGCUGUUGUUUCCAGCUCCAGUAGUUUCAAUGUGCCUCCAAUCUCAGCCUCAAAGCCGCCAGCUGUAUGCGCUCCAGUGCACCCGGUGCAGACUAGUACACCUCCAGCCAGUGUCCAGAAACCUGCUCCUGCUGUCCAAGGACGUGUCUCUACUAUGCAGCAAGCCGUUAGCGUGAAAGCCCUGGAGAAACAGCUGCAGCAAAAGAAAGACUCUGAUCCCAUUAUGGCUGGAAUUUUGGAAGAGAUUGCACAUUUUCAGAAAGAGUUAGAUGACCUGAAGGCACGCAGUUCAAAAGCUGACGUCAGGGUCGGCACAAACGAUGACAUGAAGGAUCUGAGGAAAGAGUCUGAGGACCUCCACAUCUUCACUCUGGAGAUUAAAGAAACGACAGAGUCUCUCCAUGGUGACAUUGGCACGCUGAAGACCACAUUACUGGAGGGCUUUGCUGGGGCGGAAGAAGCCAAGACGCAGAACGAGCUGGGAAAAGAUAAAAACUACAGACAGCUGUUGUACAAAAAACCUCUGGAUCCCAGAAGUGAGGAGCAACUCAAGGAGAUUCGGAGGCUGUACCAGUACGUUAAAUUUGCUGUGGAGGAUGUUAACGACGUGUUGGAUGUGGAAUGGGAGAAACACCUGGAGAAAAAGAAAAAGCAAAAACACAUGGUCGUGCCUGGACGUGAGGGUCUUUUCAAUACAUUGUCCAACAACCUGUGCAUCAUCAACCAGCAGAAGAACCGACUGGAUCAGCUGAUUCAGGAGCUCAGUGCUCUGCGGCUCUACAGCAAAACCACUGCUCCUACCAUUAACCAGAACACUGCAGCAACAUCAGAUGACUACAAAGGUGAGCUGGAGAAUUUGGAGGAGGCACUUCUGAAAGCCCGGCUUGAAACGACUCCUCCUGAGACAAAAGUGAAAUCAGCAGCAGUCAAGGUUUCUCCUCUUAAACAGUCCCAACUGCGCAACUUCCUGUCAAAAGGGAAAAUGCCUCCUGUGCGUUCAACUGCACCAGCCAACUUGUCGCGCUCGGCCUUCCUGGCCCCUAAAAACCUUGAGGACUUGGAUGAUGUGAGCUCAACGUCCUCCUUAUCGCAGUCUAUAGAGCUUCUCCCAUCUCACUUGGAGUUGGAGGAAGAGGAAGAACUACAGCCCCUGCAGCCUUCACCUAUGAAUUCCAUGACCCAAUCACUUCCCACCCCACGUCACCCCACUGUUGUUCGAACGCCCUCCAUUCAGCCAGGCUUUGGAGCUAUACAGUCCACCCCUCUAACAAAGAUGCACCCUGUUCCUGGUAUGGGCUUUGUGCUAAGCCCCAUUAUCAACCCUGUUCCUACAAAUAGGAUUAACCUCAGCGGGGCUGAAAGUACUGCGCUUGCCACAAAGACGGUAAAGCAUGGAGCACCACCUGCAGAGCGGAGCAUCCCUGUGACCAUCUCUGCCCAGCAGGCUGCUGCCACCGCGGCUCUGCGGAGACAAAUGGCCAAUCAGAAGACGGCUGUUGUCAACACUUCUUUGACAGAGUCCACCUUAAAAACUGUCCCUCAAGUAGUGAAUGUUCAGGAGCUUAAGGACAAAGGGGCACCUAUGCCAGUGUCCUCUAUGGUCAGCUCCUCGGCGCCAGAUCCCUCAGUCCAGGGCUUCACAGCAGUUUCUAGCAGCCAAGUCAAACGAAACACACCGGGUCUGCAAAAGAUACCCACAGAGAAUGCAUCUAUUCCACAGACAGGCUUUGUCUUUGGCCAACCAUCCAAAACAGACCUUUCCGGGGGUCCACCUAGUUCACUUGAGCAAAACACCAGCAAGGCCUUCUCAUUCACCUCAGGAUCGACGGGCUUCAGUUUUUCAUCUGUAACACAAGGUGCUGGAUUGUCUCAAGGGAAGGAUGUGAACAAGUUCUCCAUUGGCGGAAAUGGCAAAGGGUUGUUUGGCCAAACUGGAGAGGAGCCAUUCUCCCUUCCCACUAAGUCAAACUCUCCUGGUCUGAGCAAUGGGUCUUCAAGCUCAUCGGCCAACAGUUUAGGGGAAGUAGCAAAACAGGGUUCCACUGUUACUGGUUCUAAGACAGAGCCGCAGCCUCUAAAGGCAGCUGGAGGGGAGACAUUAGGCAGUUUUUCAGGACUACGAGUGGGACACGGAGAAGAAGCAAACGAAUCCUCCACAAAGACCACUGCUCCUGCAUUUUCCUUCGGGAAUGCUGGACUUGGCCAUAGCAAGUCAGCUCCUCAGUUUAACUUUGGUUCAACUCCCCUUAAGUCUGCCGAAGACGGGGCUGCAGCAGACAUGCCUAAGGUGUCAGGAUCAGGCAGCUUGUUUAAACCUCCUGAUUCAAACUCCAUGCCAACCUUUUCUAUAACCCCUUCAACUACAGCUGCUUCAGCGCUGCCUACAUCUUUAAGUAGUCUUCUUGCAGCUCCUACUGAACAGCCUAAAGCUACUCAGCAACCUUCAGAAAGCACAUCGGCUGCUUUACCAGAACUGAGUACCAAGGAACUUGCUGUAGACCUGGCUAGUGUUCCGGCAGAACCUGAGCCUCUAGUGACUGCAGUUGCCACAACAACCACGCCAACAUCUGCAGCACCAACACUUCCUAUGGUCACUCCUGUCCCUACUGCAGACUCCUCUUCUACAGUUCCUGCAGAGACGGAAACAACUCUGCCUCCAGCACCACCAACUGCUUCUUCCACAGAAGAAGCCACCCCAGACCCCUCUUCUACACCUGCCGUCUCCACAUCUACCACCGCUGUCCCACUUACCAUCGAGGUAACCUCAGCAGCUUUACCAGCUUCCUCCUCAGAAAAACCAGGCUCCAUUUUUACCUCUGCUACUCCUGCAACCACCACUAGCAAUUCUGUUGGGGCCAUACCAGCCAUUAACACAGCUGCUCCCACAACCACUACCGCUGCAGUUAUCACCAGUGCAGCAACGACAGCUGCUAAUGUGUUUGGGCAGCCUGCCGCUCCUCCUGCCUCUUCUGCCCCUGCAACUACCGGAUUCGGCUCAUCUGGAUUUGGCGCACCAACAGAAACCGGUUUCGGCAAAUCUGUAUUUGGCGUGGGUGGGUUUGGACAGCCUGCUAGCAUAGGAGGAACUUCGAGUGGCUUUUCAUUCACCCAGUCAGCAUUCGGAGCAAGUUCAAGCAGUGCGACCACUGGAGGAGGUGGUCUUUUCGGUGCUCCCACUGUUACCAAUGCAAGCUCCUUCUCCUUCGGCACCAGCAGUUCCAGCACACCCAGCAGCACCGGGCUGUUUAGCCAAAGCACCCCGUCAGUAUUCGGCCAGAGCUCUGGAUUUGGGCAAGGAUCUAUGUUCAGAAAUAACACCACCACAUCAUCUGCGUCAGGCUUCAGCUUUGGACAGCCCUCAGGUUUUGGCUGUUCGGCGGCCACACCUGUGUUUGGCCAACAAUCCACCACUGGGAGCAUAUUUGGACAGCAACAGCAACCUUCAACUGGUGGAGGUUUGUUCGGUCAAAGUUCGACCGGCGCUGCAACCUCGUCCUCUGGCGGAUUCUUCAGCGGGUUGGGAGGCAAACCCAGUGAAGACGCUGCCAACAAGAACCCAUUUGGUACCACCGCCUCCACUGGCGUGUUUGGCCAGAGCACGCAGUCUGGGCCCAACAGCCUCUUUGGGAGCAGUAGCGCCAAGACCUUUGGAUUUGGUCAGCCCUCCUUCGGGGAGCAGAAGCCCAGUGGGACCUUCAGUACUGGUGGAGGCAGUGUUGCAUGUCAGGGCUUUGGUUCCUUCUCCACACCAUCUAAAUCAACGAGCGGCUUUGGCAGCGCCCCCGUGUUCGGAAGCCCCCCUUCUUUUGGCGGUUCUCCUGCAUUCGGUGGCGGCGCUUCAUUCAGUUCAAGUCCGUCUUUCAGCAACCCUUUAGCUUCCCAGUCCAGUAAAGUGUUUGGCGAGGGAACAGCAGCCGCCAGCAUGGGAGGAUUUGGUUUCUCCUCACCCCCCAGUGCCCCCUCCUUUGGGACUCUCGCCACUCAGACUGCGCCGUCAUUCGGGAGCUUGGCCCAGCAGGGCCCUGGAUUUGGAAGCCAGCCCAGCAGCUUCUCAGGCUUUGGCCAGCAGCCACAGACGGGAGGAUUUUCAGGAAACGCAUUUGGAUCUCCAAAUCCACCAUUACAACAAAGUUGGAUUAACAAUCUCUAAAAACCGGGUGCUCCGUCGUUUGGCAGCUGGAGAAGCUGAGUUCCUCCAGGAUCUCCUCAAACUUCACUAACAGCUUCCCCUUAAGUCGAGAUGUCGGUGACUGAAGAUAAAGGCUGGACAGUUGCAUUAUGGGUUGAAGAUUCAAAAUAACAGAAAAAGUCACAUUCAGAGGAACUGAAAGCUCAGUUUAUAUCAUCCAUUCAAGGCUUUGUCAUGCAAUGUUUGUUUCGCCCCAAGACUUAUAAAGUUUGAUUCAAACUUUUUCACUGAUUGCAUCGGCUGAUGGAAACUGAGCAGCUAAAGUCUUAACGGCUUCAUCAGAGUGGUUUUCUUUACACACUUCACACAUUCUUUGUAAAAUGUAAAGAAUGUGUUAAAGUUUGACUUUUAACAGAUUUUGGCAGCAAGCUUCCCCUGGAUGUAUUUUUUUUACAUUGAAAUCCAGAAAUAAAUUGUAAUUUUCAAACA